ACCUUUUGAACUAAUGGCAGUGAGUAUUACAUGACUACAAUUGAAGCUUCCUAUUACUUUUCUUUUUUACUUCUAAACUUACAACAUUGACUAAACUCUACGCAUAGAACCUCCUUGAAGCUCCACUUGCAGCAAGGAGAUUAAUUAGAGGAUGAUCCAUAAAUCACAGUGAGAUCCACACAUCAGGUUAGCCAUAAUCUCCCGCCAAUUUGCAUAAUGUAUAUAUGCUUUCUUCCGCAAAGACUAAGGUACACAUAAUUCGUUUUUGAAGUAUUUGCAGAUACAUAACCUUGUUGUAGACUUCAUCCGCAUAUUGUCCUCAAUUGCGCUCCCUACUUCUGGCAAUCUCUUGGGAUCCACCUCGAAUCACUAGUAUAUAACUAUAUAUCGUAUAGUGCUGAUAAAAAUAAGAGUAAAUGUAUUUUUAGUCCUGAAAAUCAAAAUUAAUUUUUAAUAUCUCAAUUUUAAAAUUGGACUUUUGGUCCUUUAUUUACUACGUACAACCUUUGUAUUUGUUCCAACUAUUUUUAAUAAUGUGAUACACCAGAGUCAAGAACUCAAAAUGGAAUUGUGGUGUCUUUCUAAAUCGAACUUCUUAGGCUUAAUAGCCAUGAUGCCUUAGAAAGUUUAGAAUUUAUUCAAGUGAUGAAAAUUGAGAAUAAAAUGUUGGAAAAAUUCGCGGAGUGGUGAAUAUUGAAGAGUUGUGACACAUCAUCAAAAAUUGUAGCAACCAAAGAAAAUCUCAAAGGUUAUUUCAAAGUGAGUGAAAAGCUCAAAUAUAUACUUGAAUCACCAUAUUUAUUUAAGUAUAUUUGAUUGAUGAUUGAUAAGAAACAAAAAUUAUCAAUAAUGAAUUGAUUCAACCAUUAAGAAUCUUGGUCCCCUUAAACAUGUAAUCAGUGAUUCGAUUUUUGACUCAUGCAUAUGGAGAAAAUUUGUUGAGGGAAAAAUUCACUUUGUGUGCCCCACAAGUUCCUCGACGAAAAUUACUCAUCGCUAACGACAGUAAAAACUUCGUAUUAGUAGAGGCCAAAAACUUCAAGGUAAAAAACAAACCCAAAAAUUGAUUCAAAAGAAAUAAUAAUUUAAGAGAAACGGCAAGAGCCGGCCGUUGAAUUGUAUUAGUAGAGGCCAAACCACUCGUCUUUGUAAAAUAACAAAAUCUGAACCGUCCACUGUAGAUAAUCCAUCUCUUUAUCACCGUUAGAUUGCCUCGUACGCGUUUUUGAAACAUUCUUCCCUAUAAUUUGUCUUUCCCUCCUACCUCGGACUCUGUCUCUAUCUAUCACACACACAAAGUUUCUUUCUCUUCAUUGUUUACAGCUUCCAAUCAUUUCAAUGAAACUUUCCACAUUGACGCCUUCAAAAUCAAAAUCACCUCUUUAUAAUAAUGGGUCUGUGUCUCUGUGUGUGUUUCUAUCAGACAAUUUCACUCUAUCUUGUUAUGAUAAUUUGUCACACUCAUUCAUGACCCUUUUCUCUCUUCUUUUUUACUCUAAACACUCUCAACAUUGUUUCACAAUUUCCAAACUUGGUCUUUGUUACUUGCAAAAUGGGAAACAACUGUGUUGGAUCUAGAAAACCCUCUAAAGAUGAUCAAAUUUUUCCAUCUAUUUUUCCGGCUUCUUUUUGGUGGUCAUCAUGGUCACACCCACCACCUGUUCACAAUAUUGACAACAAAGACAUCAAGCAAAUUAGUAUAUCACAUGAUUUAGAAUCAGUUAUUAUGCAGUUCAAGGACCAAGCUAAACCUGCUACAAAACCAAAAGCAAGAGCGAAACCGAUGAUGUUGCCUAAUAUUAAGAGGGUAGCAGCAAAAACAAAAAGUGCCGGACUUCAAGCGGAAUCGGUUUUGCUGACGAAUUUAGGUCCUUUUAGGCAAUACUAUAAGUUGGGAGAUGAACUUGGGAAAGGACAAUAUGGAAUUACUUCACUUUGUUUUGAGAAAGCAACGGGGAAAAAGUAUGCGUGCAAGACAAUCCCGAAGGUAAAAUUGGUGAGAGAUGAUGAUAUAGAGGAUGUGAGGAGGGAGAUUAAGAUAAUGCAUCAUUUGGUUGGGAGUCCUAAUGUGAUAAAUAUUAAAGGAGCUUAUGAGGAUUCUAUUGUUGUUUAUAUUGUCAUGGAAUUAUGUGAAGGGGGUGAGUUGUUUGAUAGGAUUGUGGAAAGGGGUCAUUACACUGAAAGAAAAGCAGCUAAACUUGCUAGGACUAUUGUUAGUGUUGUUGAAGCAUGUCACUCACUUGGUGUAAUGCAUCGCGAUCUUAAGCCUGAGAAUUUUCUUUUUGUUGAUGGACAUGAAGACUCUACUCUUAAGGCAAUUGAUUUUGGAAUGUCUGUUUUCUUCAAACCAGGAGAAAAGUUUAGUGAUGUGGUAGGAAGUGGUUAUUACAUUGCACCUGAGGUUCUAGACAAGUGUUAUGGUCAAGAAGCUGAUGUUUGGAGUGCAGGUGUGAUCAUAUACAUUCUCUUAUGUGGAACACCUCCCUUUUAUGGUGAAUCGGAACAAGAGAUAUUUCACGAGAUUUUGCAUGGUGAACUUGACUUCUCUUCGGAUCCUUGGCCAAGUAUCUCUGAAAGUGCAAAAGACUUGGUUAAGAAGAUGCUUGUUAGAGAUCCUAGUAAAAGGAUAACAGCGCAUGAAGUUCUUUGUCACCCUUGGAUUCAGGUUGAUGGAGUUGCUCCAGACAAGCCUCUUGAUUCUGCAGUUUUGAGUCGUUUAAAGCAAUUUUCGGCUAUGAACAAGCUCAAGAAAAUGGCUCUUAGAGUUAUUGCGGAGAGUCUCUCUGAAGAAGAAAUUUAUGGAUUGAAAGAAUUGUUUAAGAUGAUAGACACAGACAACAGUGGCCAAAUUACUUUCGAAAAACUCAAGGCUGGACUGAAAAUGUUCGGUGCCAAUCUCGGUGAAUCCGAAAUAUUUGAUCUAUUGCAAGCUGCAGAUAUUGAUAAUAGUGGCACAAUUGACUAUGGAGAAUUCAUAGCUGCCACAUUGCAUUUAAACAAAGUUGGCAAGGAAGAUAAUUUAGCUGCAGCUUUCUCUUAUUUUGAUAAAGAUGGAAGUGGCUACAUCACUCAAAAUGAGCUUCAACAAGUUUGUAAAGAAUUUGGUAUGGAAGAUGCCCACUUAGAGGAAAUGAUCAGAGAAGUUGAUCAAAAUAAUGAUGGACAAAUAGACUACAAUGAAUUUGUAGCUAUGAUGCAAAGAGGCAAUGCAGAUUUAGGUAAUAGUGGUUUAAAGUGUAGCACUAGUUUUAACAUUGGAUUAAGGAAGACAGAGGCACUAUCAGUAUAUUAAGAAAAACUAGAUGAGUUUUUAUUUAUUUCUUUAGAAAAGAAAUUAAAAUUUUCCAAUGUAUAUGAUGAAUUUUGUUUCUCUUCAAAAACAGCUUUAGUCAGUAGCUAUUAUUCUUUAAAAAAGUUUAUAGGUUUGUUUCAUGGAUUUUUCCAUGUUAUGUAAAUUACUAGGAAACUAUGUUGACAAUUGUCUUUUGAAUGUCAACUUGGUGACAUCUAAGUUUAAGCCACACCA